CGCCGCUUUCUCUCUCCAUAUAAGUUCGUGAGGCGAAUUCAUCAACAAUAUAAAGAAAAAGGAAAAGCAAAAGAGAAUCGCGAGAAAAACCGUAGUUCUCUUGGUGCAAGCAUCGAAUCUUGAUCUUGAAUCACUACAGAUGUUAAAAAACCACUAGGGCUAAUUACGAGGUUUGAUUGAUCUUCAGAGACUGAUAUCGAGAUGAAGCGAUUUCGUCGGUGCACGAGGAUAUUCAUCCUCUGCUUGCUCGCUGUUUCUGUUUUCGCUCCGAUCGUUCUGCUCUCUGGCAGGCUUAAACAACUACAUUCCGCCGAAUCGAAAGAGUAUAUUGAAGAUUUGUCGUCUAUUAAAUACAGGACGGAUGCCCUGAAACUUAAUGCAAUAGAACAGGAAGAAGGUGAAGCCUUGAAAGAACCACCUCUACUAGUCUAUAAAGUUGGUGAUUUUAAGUCCACAGUUAGUUUCAGUUCUUCUGAUGAGAGGAUUAUGAAGAAUGACGAAUCCAGGAAUGCCACAAAGAGUGGUAAUUUUUUAGAUAUAAUUGAAACCAAUCAUGAUACUGAAGAAGAUAACCAGCAAAGUCAGCUGGAGAAAGGAUUGUCCACAUCCCAGGAAAAGGUAUGA